AUGCCUGCGCUGAAGACACUGGUUCCGACGGGAACACCACUGAUCGGCUCGAACAUCGGCGUUGGGAUACCCUUUGAGGUCGUCGUGCCGGACCCGGGAAAACUGAUGGUCAACAUGCGCUCGCUGGAGCCCGGACACGACCGGUGGAAUCUGUAUCGGGGUCUCGCCUGGUUCCUGCAGCGUUUUGGACUGGACGGCGAGGCAUGCGUCAAGAGGUCACUCUGCGAAGUGGCCUCCAUGCCCAGGAUUCCGGGCCUGCUGGGAGACGUUGUAGAGGCGCUGUUCACGAUACCCAAGGACCAUCACAACUUAUCUAUUUUAGACGAUUACUACAAGGCGUCCAAGCGGGGUCGAACUGUUGGCGAGUGCGACGCCGGCUACUCGGAAUGCCCGGUAUCUCUGUACGAAUUGCCAAACUACGCUCAAGUUCGGUGGCUCUGA